AUGGCGUUUCCAUCGGCUGGCCCCGUGGAUGUUUCCGUGAUAAAGCGAGUGGCCAAGGAUGACCUGGGGCUCAACGUGCAGCCCAAGGUCCCGACAUUCUGCACCGCGUUAGCACAAAUAUACGUCCGCAGCCAGCCCUAUGGAGGGUCAGACAAGAGCAACAACGGCCAUCGCUACGACUCCAUCCCCUUUGCCAACGGCAUGAUCAGCUCCGGCAUGAGCUGCCAGCUGAUCCACUACACCCAUGAGGAGCACGACAAGUUCUUUGAGGUGUGCAAGAGCUUCCAUGCCAUCAUCGUUCGUUGCAACCCGGGACAGAUCAAGGCGGAUGGCGGCGACCAGGCGAAGUUCGACAACGGCAUGCGGGCCAUGCGCAAGCUGGGCAUUCAGGUGUGGCCUUCUCCUGAUGUCAUGGAGUUCAUGGGAGCAAAGGAUGCCUUGUGCAAGGUGGCACACUUGAACAUUGGCUUGGAGGACACCUUGGCGUACUACUCGUCCGAGGAGUUUGCCGCCGGCUUCAAGAAGACCAUGGCAUUUCAGCCGCGAGUGAUCAAGCAGAACCGAGGCUCGUCAGGAGAAGGCAUUUGGAUCGUCAAGUUGAAGAGCGGCAACUACUGCAAGUCUUAUGGUGAGCGGUCUUGCUCAGACGAUGAGGUGCUGGACAUGAUGGAGGCCAACGACAACCAUGCCGAGGAGCACACUGUGGCAGAGUUUGUCGAAUUUUGUGUGAGAGGCCGCACUGAUAAGUCAGGCACAUGGACGUCCAAGGGGGUCGGCAAGUACUUGGAAGGUGGCAAGGCUGCCGGUGGACAGCUUGUGGAUCAGCGCUUUUGCCCACGUAUCGUUGAGGGCGAGCUGCGCUACAACAUGGUGGUGGACACUUUGGUUGGCAUCAUCCACAAGAAGCCCAAGGAGGGUGGCAUCUCGGCAGUAGGCGGCACUGGCUCGAUCUACACCUUCUACGGCCCGGAGGAGACCAAGUUUCAGUCCCUUACAGACAAUUUCCUGAAGAGGGACUUGCCGCAUGUGAUGCCUUCUCUGGGAUUGGCUGACGAGCCCGUUCCACUGUGGUGGACCACCGACUUCAUCCUCGCCUCGCCCGAGGGAACUCCGGCAGACCAGGAGAAGUGGAUCGUGGGUGAGUUCAACUGCUCAUGCGUCGGCAUCUCCAAGUGCCUGCCGGCCUACUGCAAGGACGAUACGCCCAGCGCCUGCUUCACGGACAUCCCGGCAGAGGACUUGAAAGAAGCCCAGCUCUACGGGGAUCUCAUGGGCAAAAAGGCGUUGACGAUCCUCAGCAAGGCCGCCCAGGGCCCCGUGGACGUGUCGCCGCUCACCCAGGUGGCGAAGGACACCCUGGGCCUGCGGCCGCAGCCCUCGAAGCCCCUCUACAAGAUGGCCCUGGCGCAGAUUUAUGUACGCAGCCAACCCUAUGGCGGCUCGGACAAGAGCUCCAACGGGCACCGCUACGACUCCAUCCCAUUUGCCAACGGCAUGAUCAGCGCUGGCAUGAGCUGCCAACUCGUGCACUACACGCACGAGGAGCAUGACAAGUUCUUCGAAGUGUGCAAAAGCUUCAAUGCCAUCAUCGUGAGAUGCAACCCGGGACAGAUCAAGGCGGAUGGCGGCGACCAGGGGAAGUUCGACAAUGGCAUGAGGGUUAUGCGCAAGCUGGGCAUUCAGGUGUGGCCUUCUCCCGAUGUCAUGGAGUUCAUGGGCGCCAAGGAUGCCUUGUGCAAGGUGGCGCACUUGAACAUUGGCUUGGAGGACACCUUGGCGUACUACUCGCCUGAGGAGUUUGCCGCUGGCUUCAAGAAGACCAUGGCAUUCCAGCCGCGAGUGAUCAAGCAGAACCGAGGCUCGUCCGGCGAGGGCAUUUGGAUCAUCAAGCUGAAGAAGGGUGACUACUGCAAGUCGUACGGUGAUCGCUCAUGCGCAGAUGAUGAGGUGCUGGACAUGAUGGAGGCCAACGACAACCACUCGGAAGAGCAUACGGUCGCCGAGUUCAUUGAAUUCUGUGCAAGCGGCCGCACGUCUAAGUCCGGCACGUGGACGUCCAAGGGAGUGGGCAAGUACUUGGAGGGCGGCAAGGCUGCUGGUGGCCAGCUUGUGGAUCAGCGCUUUUGCCCGCGAAUUGUGGAGGGAGAGCUGCGCUACAACAUGGUGGUGGACACUUUGGUUGGCAUCAUCCACAAGAAGCCCAAGGAGGGUGGCAUCUCGGCAGUAGGCGGCACUGGCUCGAUCUACACCUUCUAUGGUCCGGAGGAGACUAAGUUCAAGGCGCUCACAGACAACUUCCUGAAGAGGGACUUGCCCCACGUCAUGCCUUCUCUGGGCUUGGGCGACGAACCCAUCCCACUGUGGUGGACCACCGACUUCAUCCUCGCCUCUCCCGAGGGAACACCGGCAGACCAGGAGAAGUGGAUCGUGGGGGAGUUCAACUGCUCCUGCGUGGGCAUCUCCAAGUGCCUGGCGGCCUACUGCAAGGAUGACACGCCUUCCGCCCACUUCUUCGACAUCGCGUCGGAGGACCUCAAGGAGGCCCAGGGUUAUGGAGACCUCAUGGGCCUCAAGGCCAAGGGCAUCCUCGACAAGAUGCAGGCGCCGGUGGACGUGUCGAGCCUCACAAAGGUGGCCAAAGACAAUUCGGGCCUGAAAGCCCAGCCCCAGAAUCCCAAGUACAAGAUGGCACUGGCGCAGAUCUAUGUGCGCAGCCAGCCCUACGGCGGAUCGGACAAGAGCUCCAACGGCCACCGCUACGAUUCCAUCCCCUUUGCCAACGGCAUGAUCAGCGCAGGCAUGAGCUGCCAGCUCAUCCACUAUGUCCAUCAAGAGCACGACAAGUUCUUUGGCGUGUGCAAAAAUUUUGAUGCAAUCAUCGUGCGGUGCAACCCGGGACAGAUCAAGGCGGAUGGCGGCGACCAGGCCAAAUUUGAUGAUGGCAUGCGAGGUAUGCGCAAGCUGGGCAUUCAGGUGUGGCCUUCCCCCGAUGUCAUGGAGUUCAUGGGUGCCAAGGACGCCUUGUGCAAGGUGGCACACUUGAACAUUGGUCUGGAGGACACCUUGGCGUACUACUCGCCCGAGGAGUUUGCCGCUGGCUUCAAGAAGACCAUGGCGUUCCAGCCGCGAGUGAUCAAGCAGAACCGAGGCUCGUCUGGCGAAGGCAUUUGGAUCAUCAAGCUGAAGAAGGGCAACUACUGCAAGACCUACGGCGAGCGGUCUUGCACAGACGAUGAGGUGCUGGACAUGAUGGAAGCUAACGACAACCACUCAGAAGAGCACACAGUCGCUGAGUUGAUCGAGUUCUGUGUUCACGGGCGCACGGCUAAGUCCGGCACAUGGACGUCCAAGGGAGUCGGCAAGUACUUGGAGGGUGGAAAGGCUGCCGGUGGACAGCUUGUGGAUCAGCGCUUUUGCCCACGUAUCGUUGAGGGCGAGCUGCGCUACAACAUGAUCAGCGAUGCGCUGGUUGGCAUCAUCCACAAGAAGCCCAAGGAGGGUGGCAUCUCGGCAGUGGGCGGCACUGGCUCGAUCUACACCUUCUAUGGUCCGGAGGAGACUAAGUUCAAGGCCCUCACAGACAACUUCCUGAAGACGGACUUGCCCAAUGUCAUGCCUUCCCUGGGCUUAGCCAAUGAGCCCAUCCCCUUGUGGUGGACCACCGACUUCAUCCUCGCCUCGCCCGAGGGAACACCGGCAGACCAGGAGAAGUGGAUCGUGGGGGAGUUCAACUGCUCCUGCGUGGGCAUCUCCAAGUGCCUGGCAGCCUACUGCAAGGAUGACACCCCAAAUGCCUGCUUCGACGACAUCGCAGCGGAGGAUCUCAAGGAGGCGGAGCGCUACGGAGACCUCAUGGGCGUGAAGGCCUUGAGCGUGCUGGAGACUGCGCGGGCGCCGGUGAGCGUGGCGUCCAUCACCAAGGUGGCCAAGGAUGACUUGGGCUUGCUGCCUCAACCAAAAAAGCCUUCCUACAAGAUGGCUUUGGCGCAGAUCUAUGUGCGCAGCCAGCCCUACGGCGGAUCGGACAAGAGCUCCAACGGCCACCGGUACGACUCCAUGCCUUUUGCCAACGGCAUGAUCAGCGCAGGCAUGAGCUGCCAGCUCAUCCACUACGUGCAUCAAGAGCACGACAAGUUCUUUGACGUGUGCAAGAAUUUUGAUGCAAUCAUCGUGCGGUGCAACCCCGGACAGAUCAAGGCGGAUGGCGGCGACCAGGCCAAGUUUGAUGAUGGCAUGAGGGCUAUGCGCAAGCUGGGCAUCCAGGUGUGGCCUUCCCCCGAUGUCAUGGAGUUCAUGGGCGCCAAGGACGCCUUGUGCAAAGUGGCACACUUGAAUAUCGGCUUGGAGGACACCUUGGCGUACUACUCGCCCGAAGAGUUUGCCGCUGGCUUCAAGAAGACCAUGGCGUUCCAGCCGCGAGUGAUCAAGCAGAACCGAGGCUCGUCAGGCGAAGGCAUUUGGAUCAUCAAGCUGAAGAAGGGCGACUACUGCAAGUCUUUCGGCGAGCGGUCUUGCACAGACGAUGAGGUGCUGGACAUGAUGGAAGCAAACGACAACCACUCAGAAGAGCACACAGUCGCCGAGUUGAUCGAGUUCUGUGUGAGCGGGCGCACGGCCAAGUCCGGAACAUGGACGUCCAAGGGAGUGGGCAAGUACUUGGAGGGUGGCAAGGCUGCUGGUGGACAGCUUGUGGAUCAGCGCUUCUGCCCGCGCAUUGUUGAGGGCGAGCUGCGCUACAACAUGAUCAGCGAUGCGCUGGUUGGCAUCAUCCACAAGAAGCCCAAGGAGGGUGGCAUCUCGGCAGUGGGCGGCACUGGCUCAAUUUACACUUUCUAUGGUCCGGAGGAGACUAAGUUCAAGGCCCUCACAGACAACUUCCUGAAGAGAGACUUGCCCUACGUCAUGCCUUCCCUUGGCCUGGCUGACGAGCCCGUUCCACUGUGGUGGACCACCGACUUCAUCCUCGCCUCUCCUGAGGGAACACCGGCAGACCAGGAGAAGUGGAUCGUGGGGGAGUUCAACUGCUCCUGCGUGGGCAUCUCCAAGUGCCUGGCAGCCUACUGCAAGGAUGACACACCCAAUGCAUCUUACUACGACAUCGCCACAGAGGACUUGAAAGAGGCGGAGGGCUAUGGCUCGCUCAUGGGGCAGAAGGCGUUGGGUAUUCUGGAUAAGGUCGCCAACCCGAUUAGCGUUGCUGGAUUGACCAAAGUUGCCGCUGACAAUUUGGGAUUGCGCCGACAGCCGGCCAAUCCAAAGUACAAGAUGGCACUGGCACAAAUCUACGUGCGCAGCCAGCCCUACGGCGGAUCAGACAAGAGCUCUAACGGCCACCGCUACGAUUCCAUCCCGUUUGCCAAUGGCAUGAUCAGCGCUGGCAUGAGCUGCCAACUGAUCCACUAUGUGCAUCAGGAGCAUUUCAAGUUCUUUGACGUGUGCAAGAAUUUUGAUGCAAUCAUCGUGCGGUGCAACCCCGGACAGAUCAAGGCGGAUGGCGGCGACCAGGCCAAGUUUGACGAUGGUAUGAGGGCUAUGCGCAAGCUGGGCAUCCAGGUGUGGCCUUCCCCCGAUGUCAUGGAGUUCAUGGGCGCCAAGGACGCCUUGUGCAAAGUGGCGCACUUGAAUAUUGGCUUGGAGGACACCUUGGCGUACUACUCGCCCGAAGAGUUUGCCGCUGGCUUCAAGAAGACCAUGGCGUUCCAGCCGCGAGUGAUCAAGCAGAACCGAGGCUCGUCAGGCGAAGGCAUUUGGAUCAUCAAGCUGAAAAAGGGCAACUACUGCAAGACCUACGGCGAGCGGUCUUGUACAGACGAUGAGGUGCUGGACAUGAUGGAAGCUAACGACAACCACUCAGAAGAGCACACAGUCGCCGAGUUGAUCGAGUUCUGUGUGAGCGGGCGCACGGCCAAGUCCGGAACAUGGACGUCCAAGGGAGUGGGCAAGUACUUGGAGGGUGGCAAGGCUGCGGGUGGCCAGCUUGUGGAUCAGCGCUUUUGCCCGCGAAUUGUGGAGGGAGAGCUGCGCUACAACAUGGUGGUGGACACUUUGGUUGGCAUCAUUCACAAGAAGCCCAAGGAGGGUGGCAUCUCGGCAGUGGGCGGCACCGGCUCGAUCUACACCUUCUAUGGUCCGGAGGAGACUAAGUUUAAGGCCCUCACAGACAACUUCCUGAAGAGAGACUUGCCCCACGUCAUGCCUUCUUUAGGCUUAGGUGACGAGCCAGUUCCACUGUGGUGGACCACCGACUUCAUCCUUGCCUCGCCCGAGGGAACACCGGCAGACCAGGAGAAGUGGAUCGUGGGGGAGUUCAACUGCUCCUGCGUGGGCAUCUCCAAGUGCCUGGCAGCCUACUGCAAGGACGACACCCCGAACGCCUGCUUCAACGACAUCGCUUUGGAGGAUUUGAAGGAGGCGGAGCGGUACGGAGACCUCAUGGGCGUCAAGGCCCUGGACAUUCUUGAGAAGGCGAGGAAUCCGGUGGACACGAGCUCGCUGACGCUGGUGGCCAAAGACAACCUGGGCCUGGUGUCUCAGCCCAAGAAGGCUCGCUUCAAGUGUGCCCUUGCGCAGAUCUAUGUGCGAAGCCAGCCAUAUGGCGGAUCGGACAAGAGCUCCAAUGGCCACCGCUACGAUUCCGUCCCCUUUGCCAACGGCAUGAUCAGCGCUGGCAUGAGCUGCCAGCUCAUCCACUACGUGCAUCAAGAGCACGACAAGUUCUUCGAUGUGUGCAAGAAUUUUGAUGCAAUUAUCGUGCGGUGCAACCCCGGACAGAUCAAAGCGGAUGGCGGCGACCAGGCCAAGUUUGAUGAAGGCAUGCGAGGUAUGCGCAAGCUGGGCAUUCAGGUGUGGCCUUCCCCCGAUGUGAUGGAGUUCAUGGGCGCCAAGGAUGCCUUGUGCAAGGUGGCGCACUUGAACAUUGGCUUGGAGGACACCUUGGCAUACUACUCGCCCGAGGAGUUUGCCGCUGGUUUUAAGAAGACCAUGGCAUUCCAGCCGCGAGUGAUCAAGCAGAACCGAGGCUCCUCAGGCGAAGGCAUUUGGAUCAUCAAGCUGAAAAAGGGCAACUACUGCAAGACCUACGGCGAGCGGUCUUGCACAGACGAUGAGGUGCUGGACAUGAUGGAAGCUAACGACAACCACUCAGAAGAGCACACAGUCGCCGAGUUGAUCGAGUUCUGUGUGAGCGGGCGCACGGCCAAGUCCGGAACAUGGACGUCCAAGGGAGUGGGCAAGUACUUGGAGGGUGGCAAGGCUGCCGGUGGACAGCUUGUGGAUCAGCGCUUUUGCCCGCGAAUUGUGGAGGGAGAGCUGCGCUACAACAUGGUGGUGGACAGUCUGGUUGGCAUCAUCCACAAGAAGCCCAAGGAGGGUGGCAUCUCGGCAGUGGGCGGCACUGGCUCAAUCUACACUUUCUAUGGUCCGGAGGAGACUAAGUUCAAGGCCCUCACAGACAAUUUCCUGAAGAGAGACUUGCCCCAUGUCAUGCCUUCCCUGGGCCUGGCUGACGAGCCCGUUCCACUGUGGUGGACCACCGACUUCAUCCUCGCCUCUCCUGAGGGAACACCGGCAGACCAGGAGAAGUGGAUCGUGGGGGAGUUCAACUGCUCCUGCGUGGGCAUCUCCAAGUGCCUGGCAGCCUACUGCAAGGACGACACCCCGAACGCCUGCUUCACCGACAUUUCCCCGGAUGACGCGGCGGAGGCCAAAAGGUACGGGGAUCUCAUGGGCGUCAAGGCGCGCAGCAUCCUGAGCCGCGCUAAGGGCGGCCUCGGCACGAGGACCCCCGGAGUCUUCAAGAUCGUCUUCCUGCGCCACGGAGAGAGCGACUGGAACGUGAAGAACAUCUUCACGGGCUGGGCAGAUGUGGACCUCAGCGAAACUGGCUGCAGGGAGGCGGUGGAGGCCGGACAGAUGCUCAAGGACGAGGGCUUCAAGUUCGACAUUGUCUUCACGUCGGGGCCGCGCCAUUCGCACCGCCUGGUCGGCCCUCGCGGAGUCCGGGAACUUCUCCAUGCCGGUGAUCAACAGCUGGAGGCUCAACGAGCGGCACUAUGGUGGCCUCCAGGGCUUGAACAAGGCAGAGACAGCUGCAAAGCACGGGGAGAAGCAGGUGAAGAUCUGGCGCCGCAGCUACGACAUCCCGCCCCCCGCCAUCGGCAGCUCUGA